AUGGGAUACUCUGACAGAGAAUAUUCCAAACUCACUCACCACUCAUACAAUCUGUCCACUUCCACCCCAGCCAAACGAGCAAGGGAGGAGGAAGAAGACACGGCGAAGUUUCAUCAUAAAAGAUCGAAGGCAAAUGGUGUAGAAAUGGCAAUUACACAGGCUUUCUUGGAGGACAAGGUCGAAUAUUUGAAGAACGACUUGGCAGCCAAGCAAGCUGAAAUUCAUUAUCUGAUAGAUCAGAACAGAGCGAAAGAUAAAAUGAUUCGAAAGAAAGAACGAGUCAUUGAUGCGAAAGAAAGGAUCAUUGAGGAAAAGAAUAACGAGAUCGGACAUAAGGAUAUUCUCAUUAGACACAAGGAGAAAAUCAUCCAAGAACUUCGAUCCGCAGAGUUUAAUCAAAAGAAAAGUGAUUUUAAAGGUGCGAGAUUUCCACAUCCAGUUGUAUCACAUUCCUUUGGUCUACUAGAAUUCACAAAAAUUAUCAACUGA